AUGCGCCAGCAUUGGGCAGAAAAUAUGUCCAUAAUGAAAAGAUUCUGCUACUUCGCGGCGGGCUGCAGCAUAGAGGUUCGAGAAUAUAUUUUUUUAUUUAGUAAGCUUCAAAUUAUCCAAACCCAGCACCGUUUAGUAUACAAGAACGCUGUUAACCUUAAUGGCCGAAAGGCAAAUCUACCCAGUAGCCGCGGCUUUUCUCCAGCAACAGGCGGCAGCAAGUUCAAUAAAAAAAGCCCGCCCCAUGGAGAGGCGAGCCCCCGAUUCUACCAGCAACGCGACGGCCCCAGAAAAGAUCCGGGCCGCCCUUUUACCGGCAAGGGAAUGGCCAGGCGGCGCGGAGAAACUUCCCCAGCCCAGAAGGAAAAUUCCACACUGCACCCCUGGCGCGAGGUGGCCCUCGUUCUUGGUUGGGGGCGCUGCCAAAAGCUUUCAAAAUUAGCCCACCUAGAGCGGCAAGGCACGUAA